UCGUUUUAGUUUCUUGUCAAACACUGUCUGUUCUGAAUGUUUUUUUACACGUAUUCGUAUUUCAUAUUUAAUAUUUUUAAUUAACUACGUUUCCUACAUUCUCAGUGACUAGCGUAUGUUAAUAAGAGCAUUAUAGGAAUGGUAUAGGAAGUUAUGUGUUAAGAGAAAGCUAUAAGUGUUCGAGAAACAUGUCCACGUUUACCGGUUUCAGUGAGGAAGAUCUAAAGCGGAUAAAAUCUUCAGAAUCUGGUACAAACAGCGGUCCACCAGAAAGACUUUUAAAUGCUCGCAAGAUAGACAAAAUAGGUGCAAGAGUGAGAAAGCAACCACAACAAUACAAGCUGCCAAUAUUACAAAACCAAGGAUCAGAAGAUUCAAUAGAUAUAGCUUUUGACAAAUGCAAGCUCAGUUUGAAACCAUCGCAUUCCAUUGAGACAGAUGAGAAUCAAAAUGGGAUAGAAGUUGAAAACGGUAUACCAGAAGAAAAUAUAGAUAUAAUACAAGAUAACAUCAUGGAGUCUAAAACCGAUACAGAUAUAGAUUAUAAAUCAGAAGAUGAUGCCAGUAGAAAGAGUAGCACAAUUACAGCACCUGAUGUAGUGCGAUGUGUAGAGAAUUACACAGAAGAUGACCUAGCGUCACAUAGAGUCAAGUUAGAGGGGCUGCAGUUAAAACAGAAGUUGAUGGAGGAACAGAAUAAGAAGAGGAAAGAAAUGCUAUCAAAGGCUUUGGCCGAUAGGACGAAACAAACCGAGGAAGAGGUUCAGAAACUGGAGAAAAUAAAGAAAGAAUUGCAAGUGUUAGACGGCCAGUUCUCUCAAGACGUGGCCGUUUUGAGAAAAAAGAUAGAUCAAGCUUGCCUGAGUUAUGCUGAUGCUGAGAAACAGUAUCUUAAAGUUGAAAAAGAGUUCCUACAGGCGAAAAUAAGCCUACAAAAAGAGAGAGAAAGAAAAGAGUUGCUAACUGAACACCUGUGUGCCUUGAUCACACACAAUGAGACCAGGAAAGCGCAGAAACUGGAAACACUGAUGUUAGAACUUGCCAGUAAUAAAAAAGACCAAGUAUUAGAUGUGGCAACACCGAUUCCGGAUACGUCAUCUGUUAUCAUUGAUGGUGUCGAUGAGAGGACGGGUAAAAUGGUUGAAAUAUCGCCCGAUAGCUGAUUUAUUUGUAUAGUUUUGAUUUUUAACCCACCCACUUGUAAUCUUAAUGCCAUAUUCAAAAUUUAAUUAUGCCUGGAUGAAUAUACCGCAUUUUGUACAGUUAUAAAACUAGUAUUAAUAAACCGACAUCAAGCUAAGAACAUCUUUUCAAGUUUGGUUCGGUCUUAAAAACUUAAACCUAUUGAUAACUCCAUGUCGGUUUAUCAAAACGGGCCUUAAGAAUCGGUAUCGAAACAAUGUCAUAUCAAAGUAAAAUAAACCUAUACACCUUGUUUUAAAGUUCGAAUUUAUUCUUAUUAGGAUUUUUUUGUUCUGCCAUAAGUAAAAUAUACACUAUUCUUUUAAAUUUCAAAUUCAUAUCUAUUCUUUUACAUUUCAAAUUCAUAUAUUUAUUAUUACACUUACAACUUACAACCAUCGUUACUGAUGCAAUGAAAAAUUAGUACAGGAUUUGCGACUCUAUAUCAAUGACUUUCAGGUCCAUUUUACUUUGACGAUAUCGUUAGACUCAAGACUGCGAGCGUGGAAAUCUUAAGGAGUCUAUACACCAAAACCGCUUUUAUUUUAAUGUACUUUAGUCAGCGAUUACCAGGUGCUAUCCGGCGUCUUGGCUAAAUGUCGGCGACAUAGACUCAUUAACUUCUGGUUCAGACGUAAUUCUGUAAAUAAGUGAUUUGGCAGAUGGCUUCGAAUAGCAUAUUUAUCUACCAGGAAGCGUAGAAAGGGAUAGCACUAAUCAAUUCAAUCUGACAUCUGCAUGUAACUCCUUAUUUCACUCACGUGUGAGAGCUCUAAAAUUGUACAAAUUAUCACACCAACCUUUUAAUUGAAAACUAUCAAAUAUGGUUGGUGAGUAGUGGGUGGAAAACCUUAUUUUAUUCGGUAACUUUACCAAACAACGAAUUUAAGAACUUAUCCCAAAUACAUUAUGGUGCAAUUUUAAAAUUUCCUAAGUGCCUUAUAUACAAAAGUACCUUACGAAUACUGCUAAUAAUAUAACUUUAACUUUAUUAUUACAUUUAUAUUAUUAUUAUAAUAAUUAUUAUAGUCGUGUUGAACAUGACAUAGAAGACUAAUUAUUUUGUUAAGUAUUAUCAUUAAAAUAUAUUUAAAAAUAAGAAAACAGUGAAAUGAUAAAAUGAUAAAAAAGUGUGAUUUGAAAUGGUUUCCAGAAUAAAACUAGCCCAAGUUAGAGACUUGAAAACAUAAAAGGUAGAUUCAUUUUCGGAUUUUGAAAACGGCUAAGAAAGAGUAAAAUGGGUGUUGGUAUUAUAUGAAAAUAUAUUUUUUAGGUUAGAGACAGUAUAUAAUUUAUGUUAUGAUCGAGAUGAAAGUUACUAAAAACUACCUUACUUCUAUCGGAAACUAACACACGGAAGCUAAUUUUUCACUGUUAAAUCCAUUCACUAUUAAAGUCGAAUUGCAAUAAAUGUUAGAUUGUCUAAACUAAGUCAAUACUUUUUUUUGUCUAUGGUUUAUGAUUGUCAAUCUGUUGUAAGAUGUCAAGCUGGUAUCGACAAUGACAUUUGAUAUUGUUAGAAUGAAAACUUAUUUUGACAAAUCACACUUUCUAUUGUUAACUAUUACUAUUUAAUGAUUAACUUUAUUAAAUAAUAACAUUUCUCUAUUUUUGUAUUACUAUCUUGUCUUAAAACAUAUAAUGUUUUAUUAAUAAACGUGGCAUAGCGAUAUAGUAAUUGCAGUGUUUUGUCACACUUCAACUGACACAGCGUGCAAUGAAACUUACUAUUUCGACGUUACGUUACGUUUAUUAAUAAGGCUCUUAGGCUUAAUAUUUCAGUUGAUGAGGAAUAUAAGAAAUUUGAGAAAUUAUUUCGACAGAUUUUGAUAAAACCUGUCAAUACGUCGAGUUUAUUCGUCUGAUAAAUGUGCUCUUAUUUUGCUAUCGUGAAAUAGAUGGAAUAAUUCCGACUGUAGUAUUUACAAUAAAACUAUUUUUACUA